AUGUUAAGCAAACAAUCCAAUCAGCAACUCCGAGUUGUUACAAUUGGUGAUGAAAGCGUUGGAAAAACAUCAAUCACCUCUUAUCUCAUUGACAAAACAUUUAAUCAGUACGAACCAUCAACGGUCGGCGCUAACUACCAAAUGUUCACUGUUAAACAACCCGAUGAUGAUAUAGUCCUCCAAAUUUGGGAUACUGCUGGGCAGGAAAAAUUCAAAUCACUGAGCCCGAUCUAUUUUAGAAAUGCUAAUGCAGCGGUUGUAGUCUUUUCUCUUGUUAACAAGAACUCUUAUAUUAAACUGAAUAACUGGGUAACCAGUUUCCGCGAAGUUGCAGGAAAUGACGCUUUAGUUUACGUGGUUGCAAAUAAAUCAGAUUUACAAGAGGAAUUUGAAGUCUCUUUAUUGCAAGCUGAAGAAUGGGCAACAAAUGGAGGGUUCAAGUUUUACGUUACAUCUGCAAAAACUGGACAAAAUAUUGAAAAAUUAUUUACAGAUAUUGCAAUUGAUCUUAAAACUGCAAACGCUAAUGCAAACGUUCUUCGACAAUCUCGUUUGAAAUCAGAAGUUAACACAGACUCUUCUCCUUGCUGCUAA